CCACCACACCACCACACCAUCAACUCUACUCAGAAAACCAAUAUUCACUCUACACAUCUAUGGCCACUUCAUCAACAAUGGCUCUCUCUUCUCCUUCCCUUGCUGGACAAGCUGUGAAGCUUGCACCCAAUGUCACUGAGCUUCUUGCUGGUGAUCAAGGAAGAGUCACAAUGAGAAAAUCUGUGGCAAAAUCUAAAGCAGUUUCUUCAGGAAGCCCCUGGUAUGGCCCUGACCGAGUCAAGUACUUGGGGCCCUUCUCUGGUGAGCCACCAUCCUACUUGACUGGUGAGUUCCCUGGUGACUAUGGCUGGGACACUGCAGGCCUCUCAGCUGAUCCGGAGACCUUCGCCAAGAAUCGUGAGCUUGAGGUCAUCCACUGCAGGUGGGCAAUGCUUGGAGCUCUCGGAUGCGUCUUCCCGGAGCUUCUGUCGCGCAACGGGGUCAAGUUUGGGGAGGCAGUGUGGUUCAAGGCUGGUGCGCAGAUAUUCAGCGAGGGUGGACUGGACUACUUGGGAAACCCUAAUUUGGUGCAUGCACAAAGCAUAUUGGCUAUUUGGGCCACACAGGUGAUCCUGAUGGGCGCAGUUGAGGGCUACCGCAUUGCCGGAGGACCACUUGGGGAGGUCACCGAUCCCCUUUACCCCGGUGGAAGCUUUGAUCCACUAGGGCUAGCUGAUGACCCUGAGGCUUUUGCUGAGCUCAAGGUGAAGGAGAUCAAGAAUGGGAGGCUGGCCAUGUUUUCCAUGUUUGGCUUCUUUGUUCAGGCUAUUGUCACCGGAAAGGUCCACUGGAGAACUUGGCUGACCACCUUGCCGACCCCGUUAACAACAAUGCUUGGGCAUAUGCCACAAACUUUGUUCCUGGCAAGUGAAAUUGAUCCAUGGACAGAAUAGUAUUUGUUUGGUUGAUGAGAAAUAUUUGUGAGGUCUUGUUACAACUGAUGAGAAACUGAUCAAUGGACAAUGGUGUGAGCAUUUGGAGCUUAAUUAGUUAAUGUGAAAAAUUUUCAAAUUGUUCUCUUA